AUGAAAGCUUUCCUUGUGAUUUGUGCCCUGGCUCUGGCUGCAGUCGCCACUCAGGCCCGAACUAUGGAUAGAUGUUCCCUGGCCAGAGAGAUGGCCAAUCUGGGGGUUCCCCGUGACCAGCUGGACAAGUGGACCUGCAUUGCCCAGCACGAGAGCUCCUUCCGCACCGGAGUGGUUGGUCCGGCGAACUCGAAUGGAUCCAACGACUACGGCAUCUUCCAGAUCAACAACAAGUACUGGUGCAAACCGGCAGAUGGUCGGUUUUCCUACAACGAAUGCGGCUUGAGCUGCAAUGCCCUUCUCACCGAUGACAUUACCAACUCGGUGAGAUGUGCCCAGAAGAUUCAGCGCCAGCAGGGCUGGACCGCCUGGUCAACCUGGAAGUUCUGCAGCGGAUCCCUGCCCUCGAUCAACAGUUGCUUCUGAAACCUUAGAGUUCUUUCAGUUCUUCUCAAUGAAUUAAAGAUCAGAAAACUGUAUUUUGAAAAUGAAAA